ACCUUUCAUGCAAGAACAUCAAUCUCGAAUCUCAACUUUUUCUGUUUGUUAAGAGAGGCAUAACAACAAGAAGAAUUAUUUAAAAGACACAUAAAUGUUGAGAAAGAAUGUUGAUGAAGAGAAGAAACUAAAAUUGAAUCAACCAAUUCUGUCCAGUGCAAAAAUACUCGUUUGCUCAUUCGUGCACGAGAGUAAAUGAUAAGCGACCAAAGGGGUGAUGUGACCAAGCAGAUUUCAGAUGCUCUUAAUACCAGUCACAGAUUCGCAGCUAGCGCGGGGCUUGACGCCAUGAGAACCUGCAAAAAGUUCUGCAGAAAGCUUCAAGAUCUCAUGGCCGCAGAUCGUCCUAGUUCAAUGCAGGAAACGGAGAAAUCUUCAACUCCAGAAACAGAUUCUCCAAGGAUGACGAUGAACGAGCAAGACGAAGACGAAGAAGAAUUCGCUGCAGAUUUCACUUUUACUGAUGAUGAUGAUGGCGAAGAGGAUGAGGACGAGGACGGUGAUGAUGAUGAUGGAGCGGAAAAAGAGGAGUAUAUGAGAAAUCGAGGAAAUUUAGGGUUAGAUCUGCAAGCUUCGUCGUAUAGAUUCGAUGAAGACGAAGAAAUUAAAGGUGUAUAAAGGAGGAGAUGAGGAGUAGAAAAUUAAAGCAUUCGGCAGAUUUGAGUUUUGAGUUUCCGAUUUCGCCGCCGCCAUUGCCGGAAUCUCCAUCGGAGUCAUGGCUCUCCCGCACUUUGCCUUCAUUGUCUGCUAAAUCUGCACCUUCAACCCCUCGCCGCCUUCCAUUUAGAUGUCCCACGCCCAAACCUUCUGAGGUGAAGAUGGAGAUUUUACUGCAUAAAGAAUGGUGAUAUGA